CUGCGAAUGACGUCCGCCGUGUCCCCGCUCGCCUCCUCCUCGGGCGCAGCCUCGGCCAUUGCCAUUCCCAGCACGCGGUGUGCAAACACGCGCACACAACGCGACACGGACACGCGACUGCCAUUGUUCGACUCGUCCGAAUCUGCUCACCCUCCUCCACCUUGCUACGAGGCCUCCGGGUCACUCACGACGCCGCCAUGGGCGAAUACGACGACGAGGGUCUCAACUUCCUGCUCCCGCUUUGUCUCUUCUUUGCUGCGGGAAUAUGGCUUGUCAUUGACCGCUUCCAGAGUUUUCAUAACCGUGCCGUCCAAUUCAGGAUCGCAUCACCACCUCAAAUAGGCCCACGAUUUGAGGCGCACAAGAUCCCAAACCCUAACCUGGAAUCACAUAAUCUCUACCCGGAGCUCAGGCCUCCGAUGUUCAUUGAAGGCAGAAGAUAUAUCACCUGUUUCGACCCGGCUACUGGCUUCCAUCUUGACACAAUGGCGGCGGACACCGCAGGCGAGAUUACAAACAAGAUCGCGCGUGCGGCGGAUGCACAGAAGGAAUGGAAGGAGACUUCGUUCCGGGAUCGCAGGCGUGUAAUGCUCAGCCUGAAGAAAUGGCUAGUGGAUAACCAGGAGACGUGUGCGAGGGUUGCCUGUCGGGAUACGGGGAAGACCCUGCUCGAUGCUGCAUUGGGAGAAGUUCUAACAACAUGCUCGAAGUUGGACUGGCUCGUCAACCACGGAGAGCGGUCCCUUCGACCCGAAAGGAGACGCGGCAACCUCGUCAUGUUCUACAAGAAGUCUUGGGUUUGCUAUGAGCCUCUCGGCGUUGUAGCGGCCAUCGUGUCUUGGAACUAUCCCCUGCACAACGCCUGGUCUCCCAUUAUUGCUGCCCUUUUUGCCGGCAAUGCCAUCGUGCUCAAGUGUUCUGAAAACGUGGUGUGGUCAACUACAUGGUUCGUGAACGCAAUCAAGGAGUGUCUGCGCGCGUGCGGCCGCGAUCCUGAAUUGAUUCAGCUCGUGUGCUGCUAUCCGGAGGAUGCUGAAGCCGUCACCAAGUCUCCCAUUAUUCGUCACAUCACCUUCAUUGGUUCAGAGGACGUCGGGCGUAAAGUGGCAAUCGCAGCGACCGAUCACCUCACGCCAGUUACUCUGGAGCUCGGUGGUAAAGACCCAGCCAUCAUCCUGCAACACACGAACUUGCAGCAAUGGGCCAGUCUCUGGAUGCGCGGUAUAUUCCAGAACGCAGGGCAGAACUGCAUCGGCAUUGAGAGACUCAUCGUGCACAGCUCCCAGUACGAUGAGCUGCACGACAUCAUCCGGCGGCGCUCGGAGGAGCUGCGGCUGGGCUCGGCUCUCUCGAACCCGGGUGACGGAUUCGUGCCUACCGUGGACGUCGGUGCGAUGAUCAACGAAGACAGGGUGCGCUACACGGAAGAGCUCGUACAGCUUGCGUCGGAUGCCGGUAUCGACGUCCAAGGCGGGGAGCGGUACAAGCACCCCUACCUCGAGCACGGCGCAUACUUCACGCCGACGGUCAUCGGCAAUGGGAACCCCGAGUCCGAAUACGCGCAGCGCGAACUGUUCGCGCCCGUUGCGCUCAUCAUGAAGUAUGAUACCGUCCAGGAGGCCAUCGACAUCGCCAACGGUACACGCUACGGUCUCGGUGCGAGCGUAUUCGGCCCCGAUCAGGAGCAGUGCGUCAAGGUGGCGAGGCAGCUGGAGUGCGGCAUGGUCUCUAUCAACGACUUUGGCGUGUUCUAUUUGAACCAGGACCUUCCUUUCGGGGGCACGAAGGCCAGUGGCUAUGGCAGGUUUGGGGGCCCCGAGGGUCUGCGAGCGCUCACGACCACAAAAGCGAUCGUAGAGGACCGCUUCGGGUGGGCCAUCCAAACGACGAUUCCAAAGCAACUCGACUACCCCGUCGCCUCCAUCAAGGAGAGCUGGGAAUUCGUGAGCGGGCUGAUCGGCUUCGUCUAUGGCGAUGGCUGGCGGACGCGGAUAGAGUCGCUCACGCAACUUAUCCAGGCGGCACGCAGAUAGCUGGUCUAUUGCUGGCGUGCCGCGGAGCAGAACGACAUUAUGGAUGAUUUAUGAUAGUAUGACACAUUUUCUGCUUUCUAUCUAAGUAGCUGCUGUAUAUACCUCGCGGGGUGGCCGACUUCUGAGUGUUUCGAAUCAAACGCUGUAUCGCUGCAGACUGGCCUCGCGCCCGGCAGCGCACCGGCAUUGGGAACCCCAUG